GCCGGGCGGCCGGGGCUCCUCGGCCCCGGGGGGGGCACCCGCCCGCCCGCCCGGCGCCGCACCCGGCUCCGCACCCGGCACACGGAUUUACGGCGCGGACUGCAGCCUCCGGAGCGGCCCGGCAGGAAUGGAGGGAUGCAGGUACAGCUGGGAGCGGCAGGACACCAGCACAGCCCUGUGGGGAUAGGCGUGAAGGUGAUUCCCUGUGAGGACGCAGCAGGAGCCCCCCCAGACCCCAGAGGAACGUGGGAUCUCACUGGGAACCAGGAGAACUCCCCUGCUGCCCCAUCACCCGCCGUGUUUCCAGGGAUCUAUACCAGGAUUUGAGGCUUGGAGCCUGAAGGCGUGUUAAUACCAUAGGAUUGCUGCAGAGCCUGACAGUGAUGGGGGACCCACCAUCGAGGAGGGACAUUCCUCCAGGAGGCCCUGCACAGCCGUGAGCCCUGGCUGCUGGUGGUGCAGGGUGCCUGGGGCUGGGCUGCUCAGCCAGCCCUGGGCUGGGGGCAGAGCCACGGUGCCUGCAGGGCACAGCCACUGAGGGGCGAAGGGCUGGCGUGGGGUCUGCAGGGGCAGCCCCGAGCCCUGGGACAGUGGGGCUGCCGGCCGAGCCACUGCUCCUCCAGGCACCUCUUCCUGGGGUGGCAGCGGGGGACAGAGCGGCGCUCGGUCCCUGGGCUGGCCGCGGAUGUGCCCCCGCGCAGCGCCGGCGGGAUCGCUCCCCUAGUGCCGGCGCCGAGGGACGCAGGGCCGCCCGCCUCACCAUGGUGCUGCCGCCGCCUGACAAGCGCCACGUCUGCCUGACCACCAUCGUCAUCAUGACCAGCAUGGCCUUCAUGGAUGCCUAUCUGGUGGAGCAGAACCAGGGACCCCGCAAGAUUGGCGUCUGCAUCAUCGUGCUGGUGGGGGACAUCUGCUUCCUGAUUGUGCUGCGCUACGUGGCCGUGUGGGUGGGUGCCGAGGUGAAGACGGCCAAGCGGGGCUAUGCCAUGAUCCUGUGGUUCCUCUACAUCUUUGUGCUGGAGAUCAAGCUGUACUUCAUCUUUCAGAAUUACAAAGCAGACAAGAAGAACCUGGAGACGGUGGCCAGGAAAGCUCUGACCCUACUGCUCUCCAUCUGCGUGCCAGGGCUCUACCUGGUGCUGGUGGCCUUGGACAGCAUGGAGUACAUACGGACCUUUCGGAAGAAAGAGGACUUGCGGGGACGCCUAUUCUGGGUGGCCCUUGACCUGCUGGAUAUCUUGGACAUCCAGGCCAACCUGUGGGAGCCACACAGGACCGGCCUGCCCAUCUGGGCAGAGGGGCUCAUGUUCUUCUACUGCUACAUACUCCUCCUGAUCCUGCCUUGCGUGUCCCUCAGUGAGAUCAGCAUGCAAGGGGAGCACAUUGCCCCACAAAAAAUGAUGCUCUACCCCGUCCUCAGCCUGGUCACCAUCAACAUCGUCACCAUCUUCAUCCGGGCCAUCAACAUGAUCUUGUUCCAGGACAGCAGGGUCUCCACCAUCUUUAUCGGCAAGAACAUCAUUGCGAUCGCCACCAAGGCCUGCACCUUCCUGGAGUACAAGCGGCAGGUGAAGGAGUUCCCACAGAAUGCCAUCGCCCUGGAGCUCCAGCAGAACUCCCUCUCACACAACCAGACCAUCCACAGCACACAGGGCAUCCCCCAUGAGCCGUCGCCCACCAGCGAGAUCCUGGACACAUGAGGGGUCCCCCAGUGCAGUGUUGGUUCAGAUGGCCCCGUGCCGAGUGGAAGAGGGAUGAUGCUGCUUUCCUGCUGCCCGGUGCAAGCACGACAGGCAAAUCCCGGCAGUGAGGGCUCUUCUAGGCACAAAAACACCAACAGUAUUCUAAUUGAGCUAUGGAGUGUCCUCUAGACGUCUUCAUCUCAGGUAUAACCCUAGGAGUCCUCCAGACAAACCAAAUGGACUUGCAAAGGACCUGAACCAGCUGACCCUCUCUCCCCCUCCUGCCACCAUCUCCCCUCCCAAGCAAAGACUGCUAAGGUUGCAAUGUCCCUUUUUACUCCCCGAGCACCUCACCUUUACUCCAAGCCUGGAUCGAAGAUUUUGUUACUGGAGACCUUUUUAUGGAGCGGGGACAAGGGCAUAGGGGUGCGGACUGGGGGGGAGGGUGGGGGGUUUGAAGCAGUAAACCCUGUGAUCAUAGAUGUCUCUUAUCUCCAAUGAUUGUGUUUACAGUUUCCUAUUUAUAUCGGCUCCGUGGGCCAGUGUCCUCGAGGUGGGUGAGAGCAGGGACCCCUGCAGUGGGGAGGGGGCUGGGGCCAGCGUGGCUGCCCUGGCCCAGGCUGAGGAGGACUGAGCCUCCACCAGCGCCCUGCACCAACUCUGCCGGGAGCAAUAUCUGACGAGCUAAAGCUAAUCUAAUGCUGGUGUUUUAUGUAUUUCAUUCACUCCAAACGACUCAGCACAAUAUUUCUAUUUUUAGAAGGGUCCCUCUCUCUUUCUCUCCCUGCCAAUGAGAGCCUCUCUGCCUGCAGCAGCCCGAGCAGCCUCCCCAGCCCCGGCACUGCUGCUGGCAGACAGGGGCACCCAGGAGGGGUUAGGAACGAGGAUGCCAAUGAUGCAUUUCACUCUGGCAUCAAGCAUUUAUAAAGAGGGCUGCUUUCCACAGCUACUAUAUUUUUAAAAUAAAUAUUAAAAAAGAAGAAAAAAAAAAACCAAACAAAAAAACCCACCAAACCCCAAAAAAGAGCUGGGAAGAAUGUGCUGCCCCAGGCAGGUGGCUGGGCUUGGGGAUGAGCAGGGCUGGGGUUUCUCUGCAGCCGUGGGUGGUGCUGAAGGGCUCAGCCAUGGGCAGCAGGGUGGGAGGCGAGGGCAGCCGGACAAUAAAAGCCCCAUGAGAGCAA